GGCGUCAUCACUACGCGCGGGCGCCACAGCCGCGGGCCCCGAGGGCGGAAAUGGUCCGGGCGAGCCAUGGCGAGCUCGGCUUCAUCGUCGGUGAGGGCACCGCGGCCCAAGAAGGAGCCGCAGCCGCUCGUCAUCCCCAAGAACGCAGCCGAGGAGCAGCGGCUCAAGCUGGAGCGGCUCAUGAAGAACCCGGACAAAACUGUUCCUAUUCCAGAGAAAAUAAACGAAUGGGCUCCAAGACCCCCUCCUGAAUUCGUCAGAGAUGUUAUGGGUUCGAGCGCUGGUGCCGGCAGUGGGGAAUUUCACGUCUACAGGCAUCUGCGACGAAGAGAGUAUCAGAGACAGGACUUCAUGGACGCCAUGGCUGAGAAGCAAAAAAUGGAUGCUGAGUUCCAGGAGAGAUUGCAGAGGAAUAAAAUGACGGCAGAGGAGCAAACCGCGAAACGUCGGAAGAAGCGUCAGAAGUUUAAAGAGAAGAAGUUACUGGCCAAGAGAGCUAAGCAGGAGCAGCAGAAGCUGAAGGAAGGCUCUGACCAUUCUCAAGAGCGUGUAUCCAGUGACAGUGAAGAAGAGGAGGCAGUGGAAGAGGAGGAAGAAGAGGAGCGGCCCAGCUUUGUGGUGGGAAGAUAAUGAGGGUGGCUGACGUAGCGGUGGGCAGAUGCGCGUGCCGUGAGCUUUAUGAUCCAGAGCCCAGGAAACCUGGAAUGGCCCUGGGUACGUACAAAGGGCUGAGCAUCACGUCCUCCUCAGGCCAAGAAGCUUGGUAGAGACACAUCUAACAGGAUCCCAUUCUGUUGUGGCCUGGCUGUGCAGUCUGGCCAAGCACUGGACCAGUGUCUGUACUAAACCAAGUUGCUUCCAAACGUGGGGCAUCCCCGGGAUCUCAAGCAGGGUCCCCCCUCCCCCCCCCACCAAGGUAGCAAUGUGGAGCGGUGUUCAAUGACUUCCAGCUGUGGAGGAACAUGUUCAGGCAUCUUAACAAUGAUGGUGCUUGGAGGUCAGUUUCUCUUGUAGAAGUUUUCACUUGGUAAAGGGCAAACAGUCUGUGGGCUUUUGUUUGGACAUAAUAAAACAGAUGAAGACAGAA